AUGUUCGGCCGACUUGCCGGAAAGAAUGCCAUUGUCACUGGCGCUGCCGGCGGCGUUGGGCUCGAAACUAGUAUUCUGUUCCUCCAGGAGGGUGCUUCCGUCUUGAUGGCCGAUUUGAAUCAGGAGGGCUUGGAGAAAGCCCUCAGCAAGGUCAAAAGCGUCGUCCCAAACCACGACGGUAAAGUCGCCAUCAAGGCUGUCGAUGUAUCGAAGGAGGACCAAGUCGAGGCUGCCGUCAAUGAAGUGGACUCUUGGGGCGGUGUUGAUGUCAUGUUCAAUAAUGCUGGCAUCAUGCACCCCAAGGAUGGUGACGCCGAGGAGUGCCCAGAUAACAUCUGGGACCUGACUAUGAACAUCAACGUGAAGGGAGUAUGGUACGGAUCCAAGCACGCCGUCCGCUCCCUACGCAAACACAACAAGUCCAAAGGCAGCAUCAUCAACACAGCUAGCAUGGUAGCUAUUGUUGGUGCUGCAACACCUCAACUGGCGUACACGGCUAGUAAAGGCGCUGUGUUGGCUCUUACCCGUGAGCUUGCCGUGGUUCAUGCCCGUGAAGGCUUCCGCUUCAACUCCUUGUGCCCUGCACCGCUCAACACUCCUAUGCUACAGGAUUUCCUUGGAACUGACCAACAUAAGCGUCAUCGCCGAGAGGUUCACUUUCCUACCGGCCGCUUCGGCCAGGCCAUUGAGCAAGCUCAAGCCGCCCUAUUCCUCGCUUCAGAUGAGAGCAGCUUCGUUAUCGCUCAUGACUUGGUUGUCGAUGGAGGUUUGACCAAGGCUUACGUCACCGCCGAGGGACCGGCCCAGACUGGACCUCCCAAUCAGGGACAGUAA